UGGGAGACCGUGUGAGAGCUCCGUGAAUCUUGACAAUCACUUUCUUGAGAGGUCUCGAUCCCAGUAAAGCACCAUGUCGGCUCUCUUCAACUUCCAGUCCCUCCUGCUGGUCAUCCUGCUCAUCAUCUGUACGAGCACCUAUGUCCAUGCCAUGCUGCCCGGAUUCAUGGAUCGCAAUCGUCAUGGCUUCUUCGGGAUAUUCUGGAAAUGCGCUCGAGUCGGGGAACGACUAAGUCCAUACGUCAGCAUCUGCUGCGUCUUGAUGGCUGUGUCCAUCUUCCUUGGUGGCUGAGAUCUAUCUAUCUAUCAACCCUUUCUCGUUCUUAUCCAUAUUCCCCCUAUUAUGACUUCAAGAUGGCAUGGUCUUUCUUACCAGGCAAUCGGCGUUACUAGUCUUCGUGUCGGGUUGAGCAUCACGUUCCGUGGCCAGGAGUUGAAUCUGAAUCUUUUUUCUCUUUCCAUUAUUCUAUCUCGUAUUGUACAUAAAAGGGUGACGUUUUAUACAGCGCAGAAUCAUAAGUGCAUCCAGGUUUUGGAAGACCG